GCCCAAAGGGUGAGGCCGGAGGGGAGCCGGUGGGGUCAGUGCGGAGACAGAUGGUAGCUUGGUCUAGGGGAGGGGAAACCUGCAGGUCCUGAGAGUGUGUCCCCCACUUUGAACGGCCCCUCCCCGGGACCCUGAACCAGGCCUGCUCUCCAUCCCCUCCCGUGCCAGGCCGCCGCGGGCAGACUCCCUGGAGAAGCCGGCUGGAGGCUGGGGCAUGGCCGCAGUGUGGCAGCAGGUGCUGGCAGUGGAUGCGAGCAGGAGUUAAAGCCGAAAGCAGAGAGACCAUUCAAGUUGGUCUUUAGCCUUCUAUGCCCCCUCCCUCUCGUUGCCCAGCCGAAGAGCCCGCUGGCAUCAGGAGGGGAUGCCGGCCUUCUCAGUACAACGCCUACCGCACCCCCACCUUCCCGCAGUUCCGCACCCAGUACAUCCGGCGCCGCAGCCAGCUGCUGCGGGAGAAUGCCAAGGCCGGCUACGAGCCCACCCUGCGCAAGCAGUACCUGAGGCUGCGGGGCCAGCUCCUGGCCCAGCGCUACGGGCCUCUUUCGGAGCAGAGCAGCUUCCGAGCCUACAGCAACAGCAUAGUCCGCAGCAGCCGCACCACGCUCGACCGCAUGGAGGACUUUGAGGAGGAUCCCCGCACCCUGGGCGCCCGUGGACACCGCCGCUCCGUCAGCCGUGGCUCCUAUCAGCUGCAGGCCCAGAUGAACCGGGCCGUCUACGAUGACAGGCCCCCAGGCAGCGUGGUGCCCACAUCUGUGGCCGAGGCAAGUCGGGCCAUGGCGGGUGACACCACCCUGAGUGAAAAUUACGCCUUUGCUGGCAUGUACCAUAUCUUCGACCAGCACGUGGAUGAGGCAGUCCCCAAGGUACAGUUUGCCAACGACGACAAACACCUGCUGGCCUGCUGCUCACUGGACGGCAGCAUCUCGGUGUGCCAGCUGGUCCCCACGCCGCCCGUGGUGUUGCGGGUGCUGAAGGGGCACUCCCGGGGGGUGUCGGACUUCGCCUGGUCCCUCUCCAAUGACAUCAUCGUCUCCACCUCACUGGACACGACCAUGCGCAUCUGGGCCACUGAGGAUGGCAAGUGCAUUCGUGAGAUCCCGGACCCCGAUGGGGCUGAGCUGCUCUGCUGCACCUUCCAGCCCAUCAACAACAACCUGACCGUGGUGGGCAACGGCAAGCACAACCUGCACGUGGUGAACAUCUCGACAGGGAAGAAAGUGAAGGGAGGCUCCAGCAAGCUGACAGGCCGCGUGUUGGCCCUGUCUUUCGACUCUCCUGGCCGCAUCCUGUGGGCCGGGGAUGACCGUGGCAGCGUCUUUUCUUUCCUGUUUGACAUGGCCACGGGAAAGCUGACAAAGGCUAAGCGGCUUGUGGUGCACGAGGGCAGCUCCAUCACCAGCAUCUCGGCCCGCUCCUGGAUUAGCCGCGAGGCCCGUGACCCCUCCUUGCUCAUUAACGCCUGUGUUAACAAGCUGCUGUUGUACAGGGUGGUGGAUAACGAAGGGACCCUGCAGCUGAAGCGGAGCUUCCAGAUCCAGCAGAGCACGCACCCGGUCCGCAGCAUCUUCUGCCCCCUCAUGUCUUUCCGCCAGGGAGCUUGUGUGGUGACGGGGAGCGAGGACAUGUGUGUUUACUUCUUCGACGUGGAAAGAGCCACCAAAGCCAUCGUCAAUAAACUACAAGGCCACAGUGCGGCUGUGCUGGAUGUCAGCUUCAACUGUGACGAAAGCCUGCUUGCCUCUAGCGAUGCCAAGGGCAUGGUCAUUGUCUGGCGCCGAGAGCAGAAGUAGUGGGCAUGGUGAUGCCACCCUCCAGAACGGAACUGGGCACUGCCCACCCUUCCCGCGCCAUCGUUUGACCACGCCUCUCUCGGGUCCAAACCUGCGCCCGGAGGACAGAUUGGGGUGAAACCAGGCCCUGGCUUCUGGCCGGAAGCGGGAAGAUGGCAGCAGCCUGCGAGGGCUGGCCGGGCCCCAGGGUUGGUCCCGGCCUACGUCUCUGCAUGCGUCUGUCCUCGCUCCCACCCGGGCCUCUCUGGCUGAUGGGCUGCUGGCAGCUUGCCUGAGCCAGAGCUUACCCUAGGGCUCAGGCCUACGUGUGAGGCUGGCCCCCCAUGGUAGAAACGUGACCUCCUACUGGCCUUGCCUGUGAUGUUUGCCCGUUGGCACCCGGAACUCUUCUGCUUCCUGCCACACUCUUCCUCUCUAGCCUCGCUCGUCCUUUGUGUCCAGCUCCUUGAGAGAGGGUCUACCUCUUCCUUUACUCCUCGGGCCUGACCAGCCGGCCCAUUCCUCUUUUCUGGCGGAGGAGGAGAGGCAGACAUUUAAACUAGGAUUAUUCUGAUUUCUUCAGCCAAGGGAAAGAGAACUCUCCCUCUGUAAAGAUCAUUUACCUGCCAGCCCAGAAAUAGGGGAUGGGGGCUAGAGGGUAAGAUUUUCUGAAGCGGGAACACAGGCUGGGACCUAUCCCACAUGCCCUCUGUGAAUAAAGUUUGUGUUAAGUGUUGUUAACAGAA